GCGUCUCCUGUCUUACGAAUGACUGCCGCUGUUUCAGGUUGUGUGACAUUGUGGCCGGGCACGACACCUUAACACCAAAGGGACUGAUCGGAGGACACGGAGAGGCAGGACUCUGACUGACAUGUGCCCUUGCUGGUAGUAUUUUUACGCGCGGCGCACGGCUCUUCUUCCCGAGGUUAACAAAACAGUUGGCACAGUCUCGUGUCCCAGUUCAGUGGAUUGAUCAGCUGAGGAGAAAACUAACGCUUCUCACAUCAGAAGAGCUCCUUCCACACCGACGGCUUUUGGAUGAAUGUGCUUUACUUAAUACUUCAAAGUGCUAAACUUGGGGAUUACAGGUGAAGUUGCCCGCGCAUGAUGUACACAAUUACAAGAGGUCCCAGCAAACUGGUCACGCAGCGACGCACAGGACCUACACAGCAGCUGGACAGCAAAAUAAGUGAUUUCAAGCACAAACAAACGUCCUGGAAUAUGCCUGGACUCCCUGCACCAAAGAUCGUUUUCAACCGUUUGAAUGGUAAGAAAUACCAUCACCCUGCUCCGGCUCUGCCCGCACACAAUCAUCCCGAAGAGAGCUUCACCUUCGCCCAUGAAGAAAACGUCAAGUUUGUCUCUGAGGCCUGGCAGGAGGUGCUACAGCAGGAGCAGGAGCAGGAGGUGGGCCAAGGGCCGGAGCCCGCAGAGAAAGCAGUGCAUUACAACGAGACCACUCCCAGCCCGCACAUGGACGACUUUGUGCCCAUAGAUCUGGAUGAGUGGUGGGCCCAACGCUUCUUGGCAAACAUAAAUAAGCUAUCCUGACAAUUGUCCACGAUUCGAUGCUCUCGGACAGUUGGGAGGUGAGACCUAAAGUACGAUGAUGGCUCGCAAAAGACGAGGAAGCCUGGGCAGGAGUUCUGAUGGGUCAAAGAGCCCAGAUGUGGUUCAAACAGACUGACGGUGCCUGGACACAGACAAACUCCUGAGAACCACUCGAACUCUUGCCGUCUCACUGGAGUCCAGACAGACUGCACAUGGAAGGAUGUCUUAAAGCUGACAUUCAUCUUAUGUUUUGUCUCUCAAAGCAGAGAUAUUACUUUGAAAUGCAGUAAAAAUGUCUUUUAAAUAAA